AUGGGGUGCACACCUUCCCACAGUGACAUUGUGAACAGCGUUGCAAAGAGUGGCAUUCAGUUUUUUAAAAAGCCCAAGGCAAUUUUGCCAGGGCGUCAGGUGGGCAAUGGCAGAGGCUCUAUCCCUUUACUGCUUCAAAGCUCCACCUACUAUGAUUCUGGUGGCGGCCAGUCCCAGGGACGGAGGCCGGCUGAGGAGCAGGCAGGUUCCGGGUGGAAUCCAAGCACAACAGAAGGUCUUUGUCAGCUUAUGGGAGAGCCAGCUUCAGGCAAAAGGAAGGACGUGGAAGGAUUGAUCCUAGAAGCCAGAACCUCCCCAUCCCAAAAGACCAAAUCACAGGGCCAUAUGUUUAUGACACAGAACUCUCAUGGGCCACAAGGCUCAACUUUUUCUGGGGAAGAAAAUGAGAACAGUGAAGCCCAGGAGACCUCUGCAUCCCACAGACUGGAGAAACAGGGAGAUGGCAGCCAAACAGUCCUUCCUCCUCACGGGCCUGCAGACAAGGUGGACUUUCCCGAGCCCCUGGUGAAGGCCCACCAUCACGCUUACACCUACCUGCACUCGAGCCUCUCCAAAUACGAAGCAAUCCUGUCUGUCAUGCAUCAGGCCACCCAGACACAGGAGCUGCUGCAGCCCAUGGUCAGCUUCCUGCUGCUGUGCUUUGAUGAGGCGAACCAGCUCUUGAGGGAGAUGUCCAAGGAGGGAGACGCACUCCUCCAGGAUGUGAGGGCAGAUCUGGUUUGGCCGUUGAAGGGAGGAAAGCCCCGGGAGCAGCCAGACCUCCUGCAGCAGCUCUUGCAGUACACAGUCAGCAAGCUGCAGGCACUCCACAGUACGGUGGCCUUGCUCGCCUCCAGCCUCCUGGAUGGCUCUGGCGGCUACUUCCGCUCCACCACAGGCCACUUGGAAAAGAAGCUGAGCAUCACGAGGGAUGUGGACGAGCAUCUCUUGAGGGUCCUGGGGCAACUAGAGAGCUUGGUGAGUGGCCACAGGGACCCAGGAGUGCAAGGUCUCCCCUUGUGCUCGGAGGAUAGCGGCAUUGGUGUUGACAAUGAGUCCAUGCCGUCCCUGGACAAGCUGGGCAAGCAAGCCAGCUGGGACUGUGUGCUGGAGCCCAUAGAACAGAAGUCAGAAAUUUCAGUCCAAGGGGAAGCCAGUCCAGGGGGGCAUGCCUGGCAGCAGAGUCCCUUCUGGAUGGGCUCAGACAGACCCCAAGAGUGUCCACUUUCACGGCUUCCCACGGCAAAAAUUCAGCCCACACCGAGUGGAGCAUGGAGCCAAUGUCCUUCCAGUACAGGCCCAGCCAGGGUUCCCUCCAGGCCUUUGGGGCCAGGUGAAAGCAUCCCGUGUGAUGCCCAUGGAUUUGGGGUCCCUGGAGAAGCACACAUGUCUAAAGGCUCCAGGUUGGUCGUCUCUCCAUCCCUCAGUGAAGAUGAGGCCGGUAGCGAGGAGGAGGAGGAUGAGAAGGAGGAGGAAGAAGAUGAAGUUAGCAGCAUGAGCCCAUGUGUGUGGCAGAACACAGCUCUACUUUCAAGGCCUCAGUCUUCACCGGCUGGCCGGAAAAGUGCAUUUCAACCUUAUUCCAGGAGACUGAGGAGCCUCCAGGCUCAGGAAAUGAUCCUGAAGAUGAAGGAAGCCAUCAGUGAAAGGAUCAAAUUUGUUCCUAUGCCUUCUGGGCCCCAGGACUGGACUGAGGAAGAGGACAGGAGGGUGACGGUCCCACCGAGACCCAGCACUGUCAGUGGCAGCAGGAGGCCUCUGGUGAGGCAGAGGAGGUCACAGUCAGAGCCAAGUCUUCAGAACCACAUGGAAGACCCCACUCUCCAGGAGCUGCAGAGGGUCCAGAGGGACCUCACUCAGAGGCUGGAGGCGUUCUACACCCUGGGCCCCCAGCACCAGCAGCACAGCCGGGAGCAGAUGCUGAAGUCCAGGCCAGCAGCUUUGUGGUCCAAUGACUGCCGGCUGACGCCAAGCAAUACUACCAACAAGCUGAAGGCGUCCCUCACCAAGAACUUCAGCAUUUUGCCUAGCCAGGACAAAAGUAUCUUGCAGAAGUGCAGUCCCCACCCUGAGGAUGAGCAGGCCAGGCAGGGGACCAUUACACAGCACCCCAACUCUGUCUUCUCAGAUGAGAAGACAAGUGAGUCUCCCAGGGCUGAGGACUGCAAUAUGGGGGGCCGGCCCACCAGAACGUCAGUCAAGAAGUUGAUUGAAACCUUCAGUCCAACUGACAGUGUGAGGACAGUGGGGGAUCCCAAAGACUGUGAGUCAAGCCCUCGCCUCAGGAAGUGGGGUGUCCCUAUCAUCCCUCCCAGGUUCCCCAUUUACAGGGGGCUUGCACCUUUGUACCCGAAGCCCCGCAUUUCCCCAGCAGCAGGCUGGAGGCCUUUCGCACCUAUCUUCCCUCCUCUGCUUCCAGCAGAGAACACCAAGGGUGAGGACAGCAGUGGUGAGUGGGAGGAAGACCCAGCUAGUUUCCCACCACCACCUCCAGAAAUCCUGAUGGACCAGUCAUUUGCUUCUCUGGAGCCCCCAGGAAACGGUGAGCUGGCAGAGGACUCGGCUAAAGGGACCACCAUGCCAGAGCUGGAAGGGGUUGGCACUGCCAGGAGAACAUGGGCUUCCCCAAAGCUCAGAGCCUCCGUGAGCCCCAUUGACCUGCUGCCCAGCAAGGCCACGGCCAGCCCCACCAGGUCUCGCAGCUCAGGGCCAAGGAGCAAUCCCAGAAGGCUGCCCUUGGACUUGAGCCACGCAGCAGCCACCAGCCAACACGUAAAGGUCGAGGGUCGGCCUCAGAGUCAGGCACCAGCAGAGAAGGCCACCAGCCUCUGCAGGCCUUCCCGGAAGGCAGUGCCCUGGCAGCACUCCAGCCACACCUCUGGGCAAAACAGGACCUCGGAACCCAGCCCAGCCAAGCCACCAAGGGGGCUGCGUUCUCCUGAGGCCUCAAGGCAAGGCCAAGAGAGGAGGCCCCCGGUGGUAAGGAAAACUUCACCUACAAGGGUGCACUGGUCACCUCAAACUGAGAAGAGACUCCCGAACCUGUCCUCCUCCCACAGGCCUGCUGAACUAAACCUCCCCUCUGUGCAUGGAUCCCCCAGCCCACCACUCAGCACGAGUGCUCACAGCCCCCCAGUGAGCCCCAGGGUGCUAAGCCCACCAACUCCAAAGAAACAAGCAUGCUCACCACCCCAACACAAGCUGACCAGUCCUCCUCCAGCCAGCCCACCUGCUCAGCAGAAGGCCUCCAGCCCCACUACCCAGGGCAGAGAAGCAAGCUCCCCCUCCUCCGUUCCUUCCACAUCCCCCCCAGUCUCACCAUCUCGGAGACAAAGAGAAACAGGAGAUUCUGAAGACAGUCCUACCGCCAUGGCCAAAGUAUCUGGAAACACACAUUCCAUAUUUUGCCCGGCCACCCCCUCACUGUUCGAAGCUAAGUCACCACUCUCACCAGCACAUCCACUGACACCACCGGCUCUGCCUCCAGAGGCUGGGGUCUCACUUGGGACAUCAGCAGGAUGCUGGAGGAGCAGCUCAGGACCACGACUGAGAGACACACAGAGAAUGGUGGCUCUGUGUGCCCUCAACCCUCAGCCUUUCGUCAGAAGGACAGCUUCGGAGCGCCGGGCGGGCAUCCGACUGCGGCUGCCCGUGUCAGGCUGCACCAGCUCAGGCCAUGAAGGCCAGCUCAGCCGGAGCAGCAGCUGUGAGGAAAGCCCCAGGAAGAGUGUGGAACCUUGGGGCACCCCCUGUGGCCCAGAACAGAAGCAGAGAGGAGCAUCUCCCCCAGAUCUCUUUGUGCUGGGUCAUGGGCUGCAGCGAGAGCCCCAGCCAGACCCACAGCCCCAGCAGGAGGAGGCGGCCUGA